AUGGAUGACGACCUGUGCGACGCGCUCUCGCGCGUGGUGAGCGCGCGAUACGUCUCGCGGGCGAAACAAAACGCGAACGCGGUCGAUGGGGUGUUUAAACGCCUGUCGUCGUCGAGGGCGAUGCCGAAAGAGCCGCUGGGAGACGACGUGAUUGAAUUGAUGCUGCAUCGAUUGAGUUCGAUGGAUUCGAAUAACUUUAUCGGUAACGUUGGCGUGGGCGAGCGAGAGGGACGGACGUUCUCGUCGUUGGUGCGUCGACGGUGUUUCGGUAUGACGCACGGGAUCGGACGGUCGGGAGAUGUGGCGGCGGAGCAACCGAAGGCGUGCGGGAGCUCGCUCGCGAACGCGCUGUGCGGAUUUUUAGCCCGAGACGCGUUGAAAUUAGCGGGGAUGCGGGACGUGGGGAAGCGGGUUUUGGUGCUUCCCACGGCGACGGGGAUGACGCUGACGCUGGUCUUGACGUCGCUGAAGAAACAGCGCGGGGUUGAGGGAAGGUAUGUGAUUUGGUCGCGUCUGGACCAGAAGACGUGCGUCAAGGCGGUGACGUGCGCGGGGUUGGAGAUCGUCGUCAUCGAACCAGUUUUGCGCGGCGAUCAGCUCGAGACGGACGUCGAAGCGAUCGAACGAGCGAUUGAAAAUCUCGGAAGCGAGCGCGUGGUGGCGGUGGUGACGAGCACGAGUUGUUUCGCCCCUCGCGCGUGCGACGAGAUUGAAAAGACGGCGAAAAUGUGCGAGCGACUCGACGUCGGUCACGUCAUCAACAACGCGUACGGUGUGCAGAGUAGGGCGCUGUGCGAGCGUGUGAACAAGGCGUGGACGGUUGGGCGCGUCGACGCGGUGGUUCAGUCGACGGAUAAGAAUUUUCUCGUUCCCGUCGGCGGCGCGCUGGUGUGUUGCGGAAAGCGAAACGAGACGCUCAUCGACGAGGUUGCGACGAAUUAUCCCGGUCGAGCCUCCGCGUACGCGUCGUUGGAUUUAUUCAUUACGCUUCUGUCGAUGGGAGAAAAGGGUUGGGUCAGACUACUCACCGAGCGCGAGACGUUGUACGAAUACAUGCGCGAGGAGUUGAGUAAAGUCGCGGAGGAGGUCGGAGAACGCAUGCUCGAGACGCCGGGGAAUCCAAUUUCGAUGGCCAUGACGCUGUCGUGUGCGCAGAACGUGUCACCCACGAUGUUUGGCUCGAUGCUCUUCUCGAGACUCGUUUCGGGGACGCGCGUGGUCACGCCUGGGGAGACUAAAACCAUCGGCGGCGUCGAGUUUCGAGGCUUUGGCGCCUCGCACUCGGCGUAUCCGCACACGUACUUCACCGCGGCGGCGGCGAUCGGGACCACGCACGAUGACGUCGACCGUUUCGCGGCCAUUCUUCGCAAGACGUUCCUGGAGUUUAAAGUCAAGGCGGCGGCGUCAGCGGCGGCGAGUUAG